AUGGCCGACGCAAUCAAGUUACCCAACGGUGACGUCUUCCAACUUACGGUUCCAUAUACCGCUAGGGAAGCUAAUGGCGUUACUGCUCUUGUCGUCAUCUCAUGCUUCUCACUGGUCGCAGUUGUCGGACUGCUCGGCGCCAUUGUGCUCUCGGCCUUCAACACGAGGAGCUGGAAGGACCAGAACCUCUUUGUUCGGACUCAUGUCGCCGCAUACUUCAUAUCGUUACUCCUGUGCGACUUCUUUCAAGCGGUUGGUUCCAUUCUCGGCGCGACCUGGAUUCGACAGAUGGGUGUGCACUAUGGGAGCACCUGUGUUGCGCAAGGUGUGCUGAAGCAUCUGUCCGAUGUUGGAUCCGCCGUAUGGACACUUGUGAUUGCUACUAACACAUUCUGUCUCCUGUUUCUGGAGAUAAAGCUACGGCACUUCGUACUAUGGUCCACACUUAUUGCGGGGUGGUUUGGUAUUGGUGCAAUUGUCAUCGCUGGACCUGCAUCUUUGAAUACAGUAAAAAAGGGACCUUUUCACGCCAUCUCUGGUUAUUGGUGCUGGAUAUCUCCUGAAUAUCCAGCGGAACGUAUAACACUGGACUAUAUGUUCAUGUUUACCUCUGCAGUGCUGAGUUUUGUGAUCUACACUCUCAUCUAUUUACGACUUCGGGGGAACCUCAUUGUGAACGGUUGGCACCUUCGCUUUCGCAAGCUCGCACGCGACAGCGGCGGUGAUUGGAGAGGUCGAGUUGCCGAUAGCCACACGAUGCGUAUUUCUAAGCAGAUGCUUCUUGUGUGGGCCGGAGUCAAGGUUCCAUUUGAGGUGACAAUAUUCAGUGGAUCGGUAUUCCUUCUAUCAGGGAUAGUCAACGUGAUCUUAUUCUCCACGACGCGACGGAUUCUGCCACCCCAAUCAUUGUCAGUGGGCAAAUGGAGAAUAUCCCAACCUAGACCCCUUACGCCCCCUCCUGUCCAAGCGGGGGUUGAUCCAUAUUAUCAAGAAUCGGAUGCUCGUUCCGAAUCGACCAAGGUUAGCAGUGUUGAUGAGAAGAAGCUCCCGGAGACGCCAACGUCAGUAUCCCGGCACCCCGAUUCUUCAUGCGACUCGGGCGGUUCGGUGUACUCUCUCGACGCAGAUCCCCCUGUGCCACCCCUGAAGGUGGUGAAGGCUAAGGACACCACGCGUACCGCCCCACCAGAGGUCCAAAUUCCUGAGGCGAAUAGGGCUAGCAUUGGUCUUGAAAGUAUAUAUAACAGGUAUGGAUCACCGCAGCGUUCCGGCGAGGCGAGUGGUUCGUGGAGUUCGCCGCAUUCAGCUGCAAGCGAUUAUGGCGAACCGUCGAACCAGUAUGGUUCAAGUUCACGACGAGCCUCGCAAGCAUCACAGUGGACUUUGGAUUAUGGAGACCCUUACGGUGGUAUCAUUCCUGAAGACCAUCCGCGGUAA